AUGAUCGUCCGACAAUGUCUGUCCGAUCGUUUUCGUCAAAUAAUUCGUUUAUCAUUGAAUCAUUUUCGUUUUCAAUCGACUCGUCGAACGAAUCCUUUAGGUAUUCAAAUGUUGAGUACACAGUUACAUCAACAGUUAUUUCCAUCUAAUCGAGAACCGACAUUUCCAGAUGAAAUCAUUCAAAUAGCAGAAAAUCAUUUGAAACAAUUCGAACUCGGUUCACAGAACACUGAAGUACUUGAAGACAUUGACUUUACUUUACCUAACUUGGAAAGUGAAGAUCUGAAUGAACAUUUUAAAGUUAUCGCAAAGAAGCAAUCAGCACCCUAUGUGAAGCUGAUUAAAGAAUUGAUGGAAGCUAAAAUACCAGCUCAGCCAACGGAAUGGAUUUAUGCGAAAGGAUGGACAAAAUAUUUCAAUAAUGGCCAACAACCAGUUUCUGUGCCGUACCCUGAGGAAAAGGUGAUGGUGUUUGAUGUGGAAACACUAGUUUCUGAAGGCAAUUUCGCCGUGUUAGCAAUCGCUCUUUCAUCUAAACAUUGGUAUUCUUGGUGUAGUUCACGUCUAAUCGACGAAGAAUUUCGUUUCAAGUCAAACGUCGAACUGAAUGAUAUGAUACCCAUGGAAUCCGAUCCAUCAAAACCAUCGUUAGUCAUCGGACAUAAUGUCGCAUUUGACCGUACAUAUAUUAAAGAGCAGUAUCAAAUUCAAAAAACAGGCAUGUGUUUUCUUGAUACGAUGAGUUUACAUAUCAUGUGUUCGGGAUUUACACAUGCACAGCGAAUGCAAUACCAAGCCUUCGAAAAAGGUGCUACGGCAAGAAAUAGUGACAAAGAAGAGAUUGUUGAAGGAGUCGUCGAUGAGCAGAAUCUAGAGAUCUUACUGGAAGCCGAAAAAGAAAAAGAUUUCAAAGCAUACGCAAAAAUGCGGUCUCUUCAGAAUCUUCGAUGGAGACUGGAAAGUAGUUUGAACAAUCUCGUCGCUGUACAUAAACUUUACUGUAAACCAAAGAAACCAUUGAGCAAAGCAAUGCAACAAGUGUUUAUCGAUGGUAAUAUGUCAGAUGUUCGUAAAAACUUUCACAAUUUAAUGACUUAUUGUGCGAAUGAUGUUCAAGCAACAUUUGAAGUUUUUCAAAAGCUGUACCCCAUGUUCGAAGAACGAUUUCCGCACCCGGUAACUUUCAGUGGCAUGCUGGAAAUGAGUCGAAUGUUUUUACCAAUUAACAAGAAUUGGUCAAGGUUUAUCAAUGAAGCUGAACGAACGUAUGAAAGCAUCAAUUCAGACAUUCAGCAUGUACUCAUGCAGAUUGCUAAUGAAGCAUGCCAACAAAUCACUGAUGAAAAAUAUAAGAACGAUCCGUGGUUGUGGGAUCUGGAUUGGAAUACUCAAUCCGUCCGCUUUCUCAAAUCGACGAAAGCUAAAGCGACGAAAAAGACAAUUGAACAAGAGAAAGCAGAAGAUAAUCCAAUUUUUAAAAUUGCCGGAAAUCAAUGGCAGACAAAAACAAUGAUCGACGAUGAUCCACAGUUGAAGCCUAGUCCAGCUGUGCAAAACGUUUUGAAUACAUAUUCGUCAUUGUCGAAAAUUCAGCCACAUAUGCCCGGAUAUCCAAGUUGGUAUCGUGAUCUAUGCAUGAAACUGCCAAAGAACGAUGCGAGUGAGGAAGAGCAAUCAGCAUGGAAACCUGGACCGCAAUUAAUCUCAACAAAAAUGCGAGUUGUACCGAAACUGCUGCGUCUAACCUGGCUCGGCUAUCCUUUACAUUAUGACGAAAAUCAUGGGUGGGGUUAUCUUGUCCCAGAUAUGGAUACUGAAGAAGAAAGGACAGCCGAUUUUCCAUACGAAGCAAUCAAAGAGGUUUGUCGCGAUACUAGACCGAUGGAACGCAAUGCUGCAAAUAUGGCUUUACAAGAAAUCGAUGAUCGCUUGAAAAAGAUUUCGGAAGAGAUCGAAGACAUAGAGACACAGAAAAACGCAGUUCUUGUGGUUGAAAAAUUGAUAAAAGAACAGCAAAAGUUAAUUGAAAGUCGUAAGAAACUAUUACGAACAAAUACAUCAUCAUGUACAAUUCAUCAAGGCAACGGCCCAUAUGAGGUGGAAAAUGUACCUGGCUGUUGGUUUUUCAAAAUACCGCACAAAGAUGGCAAUGAGAAGAAUGUUGGUAAUCCUCUAGCAAAAACGUUCAGUUCAAAAAUAGCUGAUGGCACAUUACGUGCCCAUGGCUCAACAGCUGCAAAAUGGUUACUCGAAUGGAGCAAAAUGCUUAGCUACUGGGAGAAUAAUGAAAAACGAAUCAAAUCUCAGAUGGCUGUGCAAAUCGAUAAUGAUCAGACGGGCAUAAUUUUACCUCGUGUUGUCGUUGCUGGUACGGUAACAAGACGGGCAGUUGAACCGACGUGGUUAACUGCAUCGAACGCUCAGGGAGAUCGUAUUGGAAGCGAAUUGAAAGCUAUGGUACAAGCACCAGAAGGAUACUGCUUCGUUGGUGCUGAUGUCGAUAGUCAAGAGCUAUGGAUUGCUUCUAUUCUGGCCGAUGCACAAUUUGCAGGAAUGCAUGGUUCAACGGCAUUCGGUUGGAUGAACUUGCAAGGCAAAAAGAAAGAUGGCACGGAUCUUCAUAGUAAAGUUGCUGCUCUCGUCGGUAUUAGUCGUGAUCAAGCUAAGGUGUUCAACUAUGGACGAAUGUAUGGAGCAGGAAAAACUUUUGCAGAAAAGUUACUGAUGCAAUUCAAUCACAAUUUGAGUGUUGACGAAGCAAAAGCAAAAGCAGAUCUGAUGUAUUCGAAAACGAAAGGAACGAAAAGCCGCGUCUCGCAAAAAUGGGAAGGUGGUUCCGAGUCCGAAGUAUUCAAUAGUUUAGAAGACGUCGCUCGUAGCUCACAACCCCAAACACCCGUAUUACAAUGUCGAAUCAGUCGAGCCCUAGAACCACAGAAUGUCGGCGAAGCUUAUAUGACGAGUCGCAUCAAUUGGGUUGUGCAAAGUUCGGCUGUGGAUUAUCUUCAUCUGAUGCUUGUCUGUAUGAGAUGGCUCAUUGAGAAAUAUGACAUACACUGUCGAUUUGCUAUCAGCAUUCACGAUGAAGUUCGAUAUUUAUGUCAUGUAGAUGACCGGUAUCGAGCGGCUCUUGCUUUACAAAUUACAAACUUAUUAACGCGAGCGAUGUUCGCUAAGCAAUUGAAAAUGAAUGAUUUACCAGCGUCUGUGGCGUUCUUCAGUUCCGUCGAUGUAGAUAAGUGUUUACGAAAAGAGCCGUACCUCGACUGUAAAACACCAAGUAACCCGUUAGGUCUUGAAGCUGCGUGCGACAUUCCAAAAGGUAUAUGGUUCCUUUUAUAA